UUCCAUAGCCUUUCCAUUAUUAUUUCUCUUGAAAUAUUUAAUUUCCAAUCAAUCUAUUUUCUUUUUCUUCCCCAUAAUAUUGUAUUUUCCCAUCCACUCAAAAAAAUGGGAGAUAUUAGAAUAUCAUCCAAGUUCAAUCCAAACAUAUCAUGCUUCAAAGGAGUUUCAUUACUACUAUUAUGUGCAAAUCCAAGAAUCAAGCUUAUAUCACAUGAAGGAACCACCAAAAUCCUAAAAGGGCGUACAAGAAUUAAAGCAGGAGAAAUCAUGUUUAAAUUUCCUGAUUGUGUAGUUUGCCAUGCAGAUUCUUUCUUCCUAGGUCGGCCGAUUCCAGUCCUGGCCAUCCACGACUAUCUCGUGGCUGGCCGAACUUAUUUCGUCCUCCCUUUAGACCGAAUUCCGCAAGGCAGCGGGACACUGUCCGCCGCCUCACUACAAUCUCUCUCCUCUCCUUCUCCUAUUAAUAAUAAUAUAAGUUGCCCUAGUUUUAUUCUUAGUAAUAAUAAUAGUAAUAAUUAUUGUAAGUUAUUUAGCGGGGGUAAUAAUGAAAGUGGAAAUCAAUCCCCUUUUGAGUAUAUAAAGGAUAAAGAAGGAAGAGUACUUAUGAUUAAGGUUGUACCUGAUUUUAUUACUAAGAUUAUUACUCCUAAUAAUAAUGAUAAUAAUAGUCCUAAUUAUAAUAGUUUAUGUACAACCCCAGAAUUAAAGAAGGAAUAUGAACAGCUUGUUAGGGCUAAAGAUCAAACAUGGUCUCCAAACCUUGAGACUAUUUCUGAGGUUAAGAUUAGAUCUUCUCCUACUUCUAAGUUAUUAAGGUUGAAAUGGAUUCAAACAAAGCAAAAACAAGUUUAUUUUGAUAAUUAAUUAAUUAGUGAUGAGUGAUUAGUAAUUAGUGAUUAGUGAUUAGUGUUUAAUUGUAAUUUGUUUUUGGUAGAAUAUAUUUGGUGUGUGGGACUAGAGUUUGAAUUAUGUGUUUUUUGAAAGUUAGAAUAAUUUAUAUGGUUGAUGUAAUGGUGUACAUAUACAUAUAUUAAUUCCUCUAUGUAGAUAGGUUUUCAUAUUUAUUAAGUUAGGUAAAUUGUAAACACAAUACAACUAUAUAUUGGUGGGUAUUUAAUUAAUCAACUUUUUUGG